CUUUUCAGGCUAGUUUUAAGCCGGACUAAAAUUCAGAAAACACCUGAAUCUCCAUUAUUUACGGGAAAACUGAGUGAAUAAUGCAAGCAAUACUUUGAAUCUGUGCUAAAAACGAAGUCUUAUAAUUAAGUAAACUAGAAAAUAUCAAGAACUUCGAGGACUAUAUAUAGAUUUUACUGUCAAGACCAAAACAUAGGAGUCUUACAGGGUUUGUUGAGAGGGAAACUUCCUUUGACAUGUGUGUUUUUGCUUUGUAGAAGAACCAGGGGAGGUUCAAUUAUAACCUGAGGUUAAGGCAAAAGGAUAUAAAAGCUCACUGAGCCUUUGUCAUUGAGUGCUGUAUUCCACUAGAGCUAGCUUUUGUUUUCAUCUCUAGCCUUUUUCUUUAAUAUCUCCUUUCUCACAUCGUAUUAAAAAUAAGGUUACUGAGUUGGAAUCCCUACAAGCUAAAAAGAGUAGAACUUUGUUUGAUAUCAUGGCUGAGGAUAGUGCUUUGCAGCUAACUGAGAGAAAAUGGAAGAUGCCACUCAUGGUUUUCUUUAGAGAUGCAAGACUUAUUUUCAAGAUGGAUGAACUUGGUUCUGAGAUAUUAAGGGUUGCAGUACCUGCUGCUAUGGCUUUAGCUGCUGAUCCUAUUGCUUCACUGAUUGACACUGCAUUCAUUGGCCAUCUGGGACCUGUGGAAAUAGCUGCUGUAGGAGUUUCAAUUGCUAUAUUCAAUCAAGCAUCAAAGGUUACCAUAUUCCCAUUGGUCAGUAUCACUACUUCAUUUGUUGCUGAGGAAGAUACUGCUCAGAAGAUGAGCAAUGAACCUCAGAAAGGGGAGGAAUUUGAAAAAAAGGAUUCAGCUAAAACCUGUGAAAUGAAAGAAUUGGUGCCAGAAGAUGUCAUGCUUGAAAACUUGGAGAAAGGAUCUGCAGAAGACACCGAAGAGAAAGAUCCAAUUCCAGAUGAUGCUGAUUGUAAGGCAGUUGCAUGCAAGUCUUCCACUUUUACUGAAGGAAAAGCUUUCAAGGAGAAACCAAAAAAUAAGAAGGAAAGAAGACACAUCCCUUCAGCCUCAACAGCACUCAUUGUUGGAGGCAUUCUUGGUCUUGUGCAGGCUAUAUUUCUCAUAUUCUGUGCAAAACCUCUCCUCAGUAUCAUGGGCGUGAAAUCUGGUUCCCCCAUGCUAACCCCUGCCAGGAAGUAUUUGACAUUAAGAGCACUAGGUUCUCCUGCAGUUCUUCUUUCUCUGGCCAUGCAAGGAGUCUUCAGAGGAUUUAAGGAUACAAAAACUCCUUUAUAUGCCACAGUUGCUGGAGAUGUGGCAAAUAUCAUUUUGGAUCCGAUUUUUAUCUUUGCCUGCCGCUUGGGUGUCAGUGGUGCAGCCAUUGCUCAUGUUCUUUCCCAGUACUUGAUUUCACUGAUCCUCUUAUGGAGCUUGAUGAAAAAAGUAGAUCUCUUACCACCAAGUGCAAAAGAUUUGCAAUUUGGUCGGUUUCUCAAAAAUGGUUUCCUAUUGUUAGCCAGAGUCAUAGCUGCUACAAUCUGUGUGACCUUGGCAGCAUCAAGGGCUGCAAGGCUCGGUUCGACGCCUAUGGCUGCGUUCCAGGUUUGCUUACAGGUGUGGUUGACCUCAUCCCUUCUUGCUGAUGGGUUGGCUGUUGCUGGUCAGGCAAUAAUUGCUUGUGCAUUUGCUGAGAAGGACUACCAGAAGGCAACAACUGCAGCCACCCGAGUUCUGCAGAUGAGUUUUGUUCUUGGACUGGGGCUAGCUGUUGUUGUUGGAGUAGGCCUGCAUUUUGGUGAUGGAAUUUUUUCAAAAGAUCCUAAUGUUCUUCACAUUAUAAGCAUAGGCAUCCCGUUUGUUGCAGCAACACAACCUAUCAACUCAAUAGCCUUUGUCUUUGAUGGUGUGAACUUCGGAGCUUCAGAUUUUGCAUAUUCUGCAUAUUCUAUGGUUCUGGUAGCCAUAGCAAGCAUUGCUACCAUUUUUGUUCUCUCCAACACUGGUGGCUUUGUUGGAAUAUGGAUUGCUCUAACCAUCUUCAUGGGGCUACGUACAUUUGCUGGUGUAUGGAGGAUGGGGACUGGAACUGGACCUUGGAGAUUUCUCAGAGGUGGAUUGUUGCCUUAGGAAAAUAUUUUCCUAGGGAAUUUCUCAACAAUUAUACCUUCUCCAUUUUUGCCUUUUUUUUUUAAUUUUUCUCUUCUCCCACCCUACUGGAUUUGGCUUUGAUAUCACCUUCUGAACACACACAUAAAAAUAUAUACUGCAUUAUGCAGUUCUUUACAUGUUUCUAUUAUGGACUCAUGAUAUUGUAUUAAUUUCAUGUUUAUAUGCUGAUUAGGCACACUUCUUUUUUUUUGUGCCUACUAUGUUAAAUAAAACCUACCUCCUUUCUUUUGUUUA